AUGGUGUUCAGCUUCCGCAAGCGCGCUGCCGCCACCGAAGAGGCCUCCGCGGCGAGUGCCUCUUCUCGUGAGGUGGUAGACGCAACUGGUGCCGAGGCUUUGAAUACACUCAAACGCUUUGAAGCACAACACACUCUCGACCCUAACUUGCCGAUCGAAGAGCUUAACGAUGUCGAUGCUGUUCUUGCCAGCAACAAUGUUGAGAAGGGUAUUGAGAUUGAGACUACUCUGCUGGAAGAUAAUAGCCCUUACCCAGAGGUCUGCGCUGCAGUAAGAAACUACGAUGUCGACUUGCCGGCCAAUACCAUUCGCGCAUGGGUGAUCGGUCUACUGUUAUGCACUAUAGGAUCGGCCGUUAAUUUGCUCUUUUCUUUGAGAAACCCUAGCAUACAGAUCACCACUUAUGUCGUCCAGUUAGUCGCAUAUCCGAUCGGGCUGGGAUGGGACUUGGUCUUUCCUGACCGAGUGUUUACUGUUUGGGGAGUCAAGUUCAACUUGAAGCCUGGCAAGUUCAAUUUUAAGGAACAUGUCAUCAUUGUCGUGAUGUCGAACGCAGCUUACGGUGGUGGCUUCCUCUAUGCUACUGAUGUUUUAAUCGCCCAGCAGGUGUUCUAUAAGCAGCAUUUCGGCUGGGCCUUUCAACUCCUGUUUGGCAUUACCACACUUUGCACCGGCUACGGUUUGGCUGGACUUGCUAGGCGGUUUCUCGUAUGGCCGGCUGCCAUGAUAUGGCCUUCGGACCUCGUCAAUGCUACGCUAUUCUAUGCAUUGCAUGAUCACUCCCCUUCCGACCCUGCGAAGACGAAUGGGUGGAGCGUCAGCCGAUAUAGAUGGUUUCUGUACGUGAUGGGAGGUGGAUUUGUCUGGUACUGGUUCCCUGGCUGGAUCUUCCAGGGCCUAUCGUACUUCACCUUCAUCUGCUGGGCUGCCCCGAAGCACGUGGUGGUCAAUAAGUUGUUCGGGGGGUUGCAUGGAUACGGUCUCUUGCCAACCACUUUAGACUGGACAGUGGUUUCUGGCUUCGCACUCUCGCCGCUUAUACCGCCAUUUCACGCCGUAGCCAACACCGUGGCUGGUGUAAUUAUAUUCUUCCUGUUUGUUUCGAUGGGCCUACACUUCACGGGGAAAUGGUAUGCCGACUACUUUGUAGUCCAAUCUUCCAAUGCCUUCGAUAACACGGGUGCUGUCUACGAUGUCUCUAAGAUCCUCAAUGAAGAUUUACUAUUCGACGAGGAGAAGUAUCAUGCCUAUUCCCCCCUCUUCCUCUCCACCCAGUUCGCUCUUGCGUAUGGACUAUCUUUUGCUGCCAUGGCUGCCGUCAUUGUGCACGUCGUUCUAUACCACGGAAAACAAAUUGUCACGCAAUUCAAACUUGCCCGUAAGCAAGAGGAUGAUGUCCAUAUGAAGCUAAUGAGAAAGUACCGGGAUGCCGAGGACUGGUGGUAUCUUGCACUCUUUGCUAUCAUGAUUGGCUUGUCGUUUGUUGUUUGCUGUGCUUGGCCGACUGGGUUUCCCGCCUGGGCUUAUGUGGUCUGCAUGUUGAUUGCAUUGGUGUGGACUAUACCGGUUGGUAUUGUCCAGGCGAUCACGAAUAUCCAGCUUGGGUUGAACGUGCUUACAGAAUUUGUUAUUGGUUAUAUGCUACCUGGCCACCCCCUAGCCAUGAUGAUGUUCAAGAACUACGGCUAUAUCUGCAUGGCACAAGCGCUUUACUUCUCCCAGGAUCUCAAACUAGGGCACUACAUGAAGGUACCUCCCCGCGCAAUGUUUUGGUCACAGCUAGUUGCUUCCAUAUGGUCUGCCAUUGUCCAGAUUUCUGUCAUGAAUUGGGCACUAGGCACGAUCCCCAACGUAUGCAGCGAUGACCAGCCUGACAACUAUACAUGUCCCAACGGCAGGGUUUUCUAUACCGCAUCAGUCAUAUGGGGCGCUAUCGGCCCUGCACGGAUGUUCAGUGGUGACGCUAUAUACGCCUCACUGCAGUGGUUUUGGCUCGUCGGCGCGAUCAGUCCUGUCAUUACCUGGUUCCUGGCUCGUCGAGUGCCCAAAUCGAUGUUUGGGUUUGUUCGUUCCAUCAACAUGCCCCUUAUCUUCGGUGGCUCAAGCAUGUUACCUCCUGCUACUUCGUAUACGUAUCUUUGCUGGGGCGCGGUUGGCAUGUUUUUCAACUACUACAUCAAGCGAAGGUGGAACGGCUGGUGGCUGCAAUAUAACUACAUCACCUCGGCGGCUCUCGACUGCGGCUUAGUGGUUGGAACGAUCAUCAUUUUCUUUACUCUCUACCUUACUUCGACCCAGCUGCCAAAAUGGUACGGGAAUUAUGAUGUCUUCGAUACACUGGACCAGACGGGGAUGGCUAUUAAAACAUUUGUUGCAGAGGGGGAAACCUUUGGACCGACAUCCUGGCCGUAACUUGAGAAAUGCGCCUGGGUGUAAUGUCCUCAAUAUUGGAAUCGCAGAAAAUAUGAGAGCCGAGUUUCUCAGCAUCCUGAGUAGAUCACGAAGGGUUCCCGGGAAAGGGGGGUUGAAUGCUGUUCCAGGACUGGGAUGUAGUAAACAACUAGGCCUUCAUAAAGGUGCCAAAAAAUCUGGCCGGCACUCUCGAGGAGGGUAAAUAAUCUCAUCGUGUCGAGUGAAGAGGACAUGGAAUACUAUUGAGUGUUAUAUUAUAAGCCGCAGUUUGGCUUGACACUAACACACACGUGAAUCUGCUAUCCGCCUAGACGUUCAUAGCAGCUAUAUUUACACCUAGAUUAGAAGGUAUUGUUAAAUACCUAGGG